AUGGUGAUCAUAAAAGAUAAAUUAAAGAUUAAAAUUGUUGAAAAUAAUAAUGAAGCACUUCCAAUAUAUAUUAAUGAUAUUGGAGAAAAUUUAAAAUCGGAUGAAGAUAUUGCUUUAAUUCGUUUUGAUACAUAUGCUGAUUUUCUUGUACCAAAAAAUGUUCAAGCUGAUGAAAUUGAAACCUUAGAUCAUCUUAUUCCUGCAAUUGAUAAUCAAUGUUGGAUACUUCCAGCUGUUUAUCGAGGAUUGAUAAAGAAAAUUUUUUGGUUUAAACCACCUUGGGCUCAUCAAUUUCAAGAUGGUCUAUAUCAAUUACAAAUAGGAAAAUGUCAACAAACUGGUGUAUUAAAAGUUGCUUCAACAAUUCCAUAUUUUACUUCCAAUUGUGUUUAUUCAUCUAUUGAUAAACUUUCUAAUAUUCAAACUGUUGAUCUUUAUGUCUCGACAAGUGGUUUAGCUAAAAAUUAUGCAACAACAAUUGAAAAAGCUGCUGAUGAAACUAUUUAUAAUAAUGAUAGUGGAAGUGAAAGUUUAGAUAGUGAUAAUCGAAAGAAACCAAAAUUAUCAAUAAAUGAUACAAAUCAUAAAGAUUCCCAAUCGACAACAAAACGUGUUCAUUCACUUGAUGCAACAUUAAUCAAUGAAUUACUUGAGAAUAAACAAUUUCUAAUGGAUAUUGAUUUAUCAUUUUUUUCUACUGAUGAUUCAAUACGUAAACAAUUUGAUGAAAAUGAAUAUGAAAUACUUCGUUAUGUUUAUACACGUAUUGUACAAGAACAAGCUGAUCCUGAAAUUGUACAAUAUAUAACAGCACGUGAAAGUGCCUUAGAACAAAUACGUACAUUAAUGAAUGAAUAUUUAACUGAUCCAAAACCAGAUCAACCAAUACUUGUUGAUAAUAUUUAUUUAUCUGCAUUAAUUUCUGUAAUUCGUCAUAAAAAACUUGAUUGGAAAUUAAUUCAUAGCUAUGGUAUGCAUCUAGCAGAUACAAGACCACCAUUACAUGUUUCAUCAGAAGGAAUGAUUAUUUAUUUACUUGAAUCAAUGACUAAAAUUUUAGAAUCAAUUAAACCACAUCCUGUUCUUAUUACAAUUUCAAGAUGUGUUGAAGAUGGACAUUGUUCAGAAGAACAAGCUGAUUUAAUACAAUUACAUGUUGAAAAAAAACUUCAAAAACUUUAUAAAAUCGAAGAAACUAUUGGAAAAAGUUUAUCAAAAUCACUCACAAAUGAUGAAAAUAUUGAAGAUGAAAUCAAUGAUGACGAUAAUUCAGGUGAAAAAUCUUUAACGAUAAAUAAUGAUGAAUCGAAAAAUGAAUUAAAUAUUGAUACAACAACAACAACAACAGAAACAACGGAAAAUAAAGCAGAUUCUACUGAAAUAACAACUGAAUCAUCAAAAUCUGAUACGAAUUUAAAUAAUCAAGCAUCACCUUCACCACCACGAUCGAAUUUAUCACCAGGUGAAAUUAAAGCAGUAUCACCAUCAUCACUCUCCGAAGCAUCUCCUAUAUCAAAUUAA